CCAAGCUGCUUUGGCUACCCCUUGAGCAUCUUCUUCAUUGUCAUCAAUGAGUUCUGCGAGCGGUUCUCCUACUAUGGCAUGCGAGCGGUGCUCAUCUUGUAUUUCAAAUAUUUCCUUCAAUGGGAUGACAACUUGUCUACAGCCAUCUACCACACGUUUGUUGCUCUCUGCUACUUGACACCAAUCCUUGGAGCGCUCAUUGCGGACUCUUGGCUGGGGAAGUUUAAGACCAUUGUCUCCCUGUCCAUUGUCUAUACGAUUGGGCAGACAGUCAUGUCUGUGAGCUCCAUAAAUGACCUGACGGAUCACAACCGGGAUGGCUCUCCUGAUAAUGUAUCAGUGCACAUUGCUCUGUCCAUGAUUGGAUUGAUCCUCAUUGCACUUGGUACUGGUGGGAUCAAACCUUGCGUGUCAGCGUUUGGUGGAGAUCAGUUUGAAGAUGAUCAGGAAAAACAAAGAACUAGAUUCUUCUCUAUCUUUUAUUUGUCUAUUAAUGCUGGAAGUCUCCUAUCUACUAUAAUCACCCCAAUUCUCAGAGCUCAAGUGUGUGGCAUUCAUAGCAAACAGCGGUGUUACCCACUAGCUUUUGGAGUUCCUGCUGCCCUCAUGGCUGUUGCCUUGGUUGUGUUCAUAGCUGGAAGCAGGAUGUACAAGAAGGUUCAACCUCAAGGCAAUAUAAUGAUCCAAGUUUCCAAAUGCAUUGGAUUUGCCAUCAAAAACCGGUUUCGGCAUCGCAGCAAGGAGUACCCCAAGAGAGAGCACUGGCUAGACUGGGCGAGUGAGAAGUAUGACAAACUACUGAUUGCUCAGACUAAGAUGGUGUUGAAGGUGCUUUUCCUUUACAUCCCUCUCCCCAUGUUCUGGGCACUUUUUGACCAGCAGGGGUCAAGAUGGACACUGCAAGCCACAACAAUGGAUGGCAAUUUUGGAGCUAUUCAGAUUCAGCCAGACCAAAUGCAGACUGUGAAUCCAAUUCUGAUUAUCGUAAUGGUCCCAGUUGUAGAUGCUGUGGUUUAUCCUUUAAUCAAGAAAUGCAAGAUCAACUUUACGCCCCUGAGGAAGAUCACUGUUGGGAUGUUCCUUGCAAGUUUGGCUUUUGUUGCUGCUGCCCUUGUGCAAGUGCAAAUAGAC